AUGAGUUCGUCAGUUUCCGUCAGUCGCCGGAAAUCGGCUCAAUUGGGACCCUCUCGUGCGUCUUCCUCCGGCUCUUCGCAAUCCCCGACGCCGCCUGCUUCAGAAAAGCAGGAUCAGCAGGAACAAAAGGACACGCAGCAGCAGCAGAAGCCAGAUGUGAUUGAAAGCACGGGCGCCUUUAACGGGGUUGCUGGUACAGGGGCACGGCCAGAUGCGGAGGAAGCCGCCCAUUUCAGCUGGCCCACUGUGCUGGCUUGCCUGUUUGCGGCUGGAUUCGCCCUGGGACCUCCUCUGGAUGGCAUUCACUCCGUUGUCGGCCUUCAGGUGUACGACGUGAAUGGGGGCCUCAUAAUAGGGGGCCCGGACGGCCUGUACACGAGCGUGUGGGUCUUCCCUCUGCUGGGCGCCAUGUACGCCGUCGUUGGCGCCCUGCAGCUGUUGAUAGACCAAUCAGCUUUCAAAUCGGGGUCUCAGCACCUGGAUAAUUCUCCUGCUCUGGGAGUGUCGCCCUCUGAUAGUUCUGCCUCGCCUCGGGAAGAGCUGCAACCAGGACCAGCAUCUUCCUCCUCCCCAUCCGCCUCCUCCUGGUUUUCCCUCGCCUCCUCCCCCCCCAGGGGCUCCUGGUUGCGCUUGCUCAGCUGCAUGGGAGUGCUCAUCAGCCUUCUCCACUUCAGCUCUCAGCUCUUCGAGGGUCAUUCCAUCCCCUCUACAGGCAUCUUCGCUAUCCUCGCUCUGUGCGCCCAUGCCAACUGGUUUGCCUUUGACCGCACCCUCCCUGGAUACCUCCUCGCCCUCUUUGUCGCCAUCGGUGCUCCCACCUCAGAAGUGCUCAUUAUGAAAAGUGCUCAUAAUGAAACUACCAGUCCCUACCCUGCUCCACCCCGCCCCAUCCUUCCCCACCUUUCCCCACCCACCCCAUCUGACCCUGGCCCACCCUGCCCCACCCCAUCUGACCCUGCCCCACCCUGCCCCACCCCAUCUGACCCUGGCCCACCCUGCCCCACCCCAUCUGACCCUGCCCCACCCUGCCCCACCCCAUCUGACCCUGCCCCACCCUGUCCCACCCCAGGUACUUUGGCCUCUGGCACUACACUGAACCAGACAUGUUCAUUGCUGGAGAGGUGA